AUGUCUAUGGUGGGUGCGGAGAAGGGGAGGCCAUCCUCCUCGUCAUCGGUGGCUGUAGCAUCCUCCUCGUCGCCGCAGUUGGAUCCUCUGCUGAAGGAUCUAUCAGAGAAAAAACAGAGCUUCCGGCGGAGCGUCGUGUCGCUGGCGGCGGAGCUCAAGGAUGUUCGCAACCGCCUUGCAACCCAGGAGGAGUCUGUUGCCCGGGAGACCCUAAACAGACAGGUCUGGAUAUUUCACUUUUUUUUUUUGGCUUCCCAUGAUUUCCUUCAGAAAAAGUUGUUUUCUCCUCCUGCUAGGUGGAUUGCUUGUCUGCCUUUUUCUUUCUUUUUUCUGAGUUGGAAAACCGCGCGUGGUGGCUUUUGUGCGACAGCUUGCAGAAAGAAAGGCGAAGAAUAUGGAAGAGGAGAUCAGCCUGCUGCAGAGGAGUCUACAGGAGAAAGACGGGGAACUUCAAGCGUCUGCUUCUUCUGCUGAACUGGUAGGGCAGUUUUGUUUCCUCUAUUUGUAAUGCCUUUUUUAGAGAUUUGUUGCCGCGAUUUGUAAAUCUGAUUGUCCUGGAAUUGGCCUACCUUUCUAUUUACUGUUGGUGGGUUCUUGUGUGUUGUCUGUUAGGUUUUUCUUGUCAGUUCCUCCGUCUUGCACCUGUUUUACCCUGAUUUCUUUCACUUUCUUGUUGGAAAAAGAAUUCUUUCUCAAACGGUGGCACUGUCUACUUCCUCAAUCCAAGAGAAUCCUAACAGAUAUUUAAUACGCCACGCCAACUAUGCAUAUUUUUUUAUGCGUUUAAUUGUUUGCUGCUAUUUUGUCAUAACUACUUUUUUCACUCUGCAAAAGUAAACAUUUGUCUAUAUUUUAAAAAAAAUUGAUAGCUGUAUGUCCCUUCGAAUCUGAUGACAAUAAGGGUCGAAGUAUUAUCGUCUUUAGUUUUAGCUGUUUUUUAAGCACUGAAAUAUCUAAUUUCAAUUUUGAUGUACGAAUAUCAAGCCAUUGACGGGUUAUUUUUAUUUUCUGUCUAACGUUUUUUGUUCCUUUGACCACAAUUAAUGUUGCAUUUUUCUAGAAAGUUACAAAAGGCUUUUAUGACUUUACCAUUUGUAUCGGAAAUUAAGAUAUAGUAACUCUUUUAUAUUCAAUAGCAGAAAUGAAGACUUCGCUUCAUUUAGGCAUCCAUCAUGUUCCUUGUGAUUAGUCUUGAUUCUUGAGGCGCAUGUCAAUUUGACUUCAAGAAUUUCUUUUGUGAAAUUAUUUAUAUCCACGUCAAUGUUUUGAAAGGUCGAUUCCGGUUAGCAAUCAAUUUUUGUCUUGCCGUGUGUUCAGAAUCUCGGGUUUGUCUCUAUCUCUUUACUAAGUGAUUUCAACUAACCUCUUUCCUUUUCUGGGACUGUUACAGCAUCAGAAGGAGUUAGAGAAGUUAAGAAAUGAGCUCUCGCUUACCCAAGCUGCCGCUGAAGCUAGUGCCGUCUCUUCUGAAUCAGCAGAGAUUCAGUGCUUGGUUUUGUUGAGGGAGUUAGAUGAGAAGAAUCUCUCUCUAAAAGAACACGAGGACCGAGUGAAUAGAUUGGGUGAGCAGUUGGCUCUGUUGCAGAAGGACCUCCAGGCGAGAGAGAUUUCUCAAAACGAGCUGAAAGGCGAAGUAAAGAGAAUCGAGAAAGAGAUGAUGCAAGCUGUUGCUGACGCUGGAGCCAACAAAGAGUUUGAGCUGCAGAGGUUCCUGGAGGGGGUUUCACCCAAAAAUUUUGAGAAUCUUAACAAGCAUAUGUCCGAAAAGGAUGAAGAGAUUUGUAGACUGAGGGAUGAGAUCAGAUUCAUAUCUGCUCACUGGAAACAUAAAACAAAGGAACUGGAGAAUCAGGUGUGCGCUUCUUUACGUUUUUUCUAAUUUUCCUCAGGUUGUGAGUAGUUAUAUCACCAUUGUUUUCAAAAAACAGAAAUAGACUCAUCUUUGUGACUCUUUCUGUCGAGAUCAGUUGGAGAAGCAUCGCCGUGCUGACCAAGAACUGAAGAAGAGAGUUGUAAAGUUGGAAUUCUGUCUUCAGGAGACCAGGUCUCAAACCAGAAAGCUUCAAAGGGUAUGUCAAAUUUCACCAAUCCAACCCUCCAACCCGAAUAAUCCAUUGCCUCUUCUAAAAUUGUAAUCAAUAAAUGAUCACCCUUUCGCAAUGUCUUCGCCUUCAGUGCAGUACCUGAUCACUCUUUUGGACUAACUUUUCCAUUUUCCUUUAUACUUUCCUGUUCAACGUAUAAAUCACGUCCACAAAACCCUUCAUUUGACAUCACAUCCUCCUUUGGCAGAUGGGUGAGAAGAGGGAAAAAGAUCUGAAAGACCUCAGGGAUCAGCUGGCACUGAAGGAGAGGAAUGAGGGCGGUCAUGAGAAGCCAAACUUUUGGGAGAGCUCUGGGUUCAAGAUGGUCGUCUCCAUGUCCAUGCUGGUGCUGGUAGUAUUCGCAAAGAGGUAG